AUGCCGCGCGCCGAGCCGGGGACGCCAAAAUGGCUGGCGAACAAAAUGAAGGCCAAAGGCCUUCAGAAGCUAAAGUGGUAUUGCCAAAUGUGCGAAAAGCAGUGCAGAGACGAAAACGGAUUCAAAUGCCACAGACUGUCGGAAACACACCAAAGACAAAUGCAGAUAUUCUGCCAAGACGCAAAUAAAUUCAUGGAUGAAUAUUCCUCCAUGUUCGAAAAAGAAUUUAUGCGAUUAAUGAAAACCAAAUAUUGUCGUACGCGUAUUUUGGCUAACACUGUCUACACCAACAUGAUUAGCGAUAAAACACACAUACAUAUGAAUGCCACCGUGUGGGUCACUCUUACCGAUUUUGUACUGUACCUUGGGAAGACAGGGAAAUGCAAAAUUGAAGAAACGGAAAGGGGGUGGUAUUUAGAAUAUAUCGAUAGGGAAAAAAUCGAAAGAGAAAAAGCUUUUGAGGAAAGGAAAAAAAUCGAAUACUCUUAUGAAGAACUGAAAGAAAAAAAAAUUAAUGAAGCUAUUGAAGAGGCUAAGAAAACGGGGAAAUUUAUCAAAUCAGAAUAUACAGGACUGAAUAAAAAAACUGAUGAAAAAAUUGUCAUAUCUUCUAUUAAAGCUACGCGAAGGGAUCCUAGUGCUUCUAAAGCUGGUGUUAAUGUACUCAUAGCCAAGGCACUGAGCAAGGGGGAAGAAGGAAAGGGUAAGGUGGCGGACGCUUUGCCAGACAAGCAGUGCGCGGUAGAAAAUGAUGUAGCCAAGGGUGCGGCAAAGAAAAGACCCCUGUCAUCCAUCGAACUUCUCCUUCUGGAAAACGAGGCAAAGAAAAGGUUAACGAACACAGCUGCUAAUUUAAAAAAUCAACAAAAUAGCCACAACGAAAUCGAAGCGAAGCAACAUGAAAAAGACGAAAAAACAAAUUUCCCCAGUAGUAAGUACUCCUGGUUAUGCAAAAAUAUCGUAGUUAAAAUAAUCGACAGGAAACACAAACACUGUAACAACAAGGGUGUCAUCGUUUCGGUCUCGUCUGACGAAAGGAAUAAAUGUGAAAUCCAGCUGAACAACAGCGAAAAAAAAAAAACUUCUGCUCAUCAAAAGCAGCUCCAAACGGUUAUACCAAAAAUCGGGCGGGACGUUUUGAUCCUGAGGGGGCAGUACAGGGGCCUUCGCGGGGAGGUCAAGCAGAUUUUACCCGAUGAGGAAUCCGCCCUGGUUGCAAUUUUUGAUAAACAUUUAGGUACUCCAUGGAGCUGA